AUGAGAUCCAUGUAUUCCGUCAUCGCUCUGGUUCUGGCUAUGGGUGUGGCCACCACCCUGGCCGGAGGAUACGGAUCCUCAGGAUACUCCUCCUAUGGUGGCGGAUAUGGAAUGUACGGAGGAGGAUAUGGAUCCGGAUACGGAAGUUACGGAGGUGGAUAUGGCUCCGGAUACGGAAGUUACGGAGGUGGAUACGGAGGAUACGGAAAGUCCGGAAAGCACCACACUAGCACUGCUGUGUACAUCCCAUACGCUGUUCCCGUCCCAGUUGAACAGCCAGUUGCUCCCGCCCCUGCCAUUAACCCUCUUUUGUUAGCUGGUAUUAAUAACAACGACCAAAACGAUGGAAUCCUUGGCAGUGGAGUCGGUCUUCUCGGUAUGCAUUCCCUUUUCUUUAAGUCUGAACAAUUUCUUUUCUAA